AUGAAAUAUGCCGCAUUGGUGUAUAUUCAUGGAGGUGAAUUCGAAUGGGGUUCUUCUGAUUUAUUUGACGGAAAAUACCUGUCGGCAUAUGGCGGAAUUAUAGUUGUGACUUUCAACUAUCGUCUUGAGCUUCUGGGAUUUUUACAGUUAGAUGAAAACGAUGCACCUGGUAAUGUUUGCAUAUGGGAUCAGAAACGUGUCCUUGAAUGGGUAAAUAAGACUAUAGAAUCAUUCGGAGGUGAUAAGGCCAAAGUUUCGAUACUUGGAUUAUCUGCUGGUGCGGUAAGUGCAACAAUUCUAGUUUUGUAUCCAGAAAACAAAGGUCUGUUUCAAAGAGUUCUAGUUCAUGGUCAUAGCGUUACGUCACCCGAGUACAAGUGGAAUUCUGGGAACACGCUGGAGACUGAUUAUGUUGUACGGUCCCUUGGAUGUUCAUCUUAA